AAAAAAGCAAUAUAUCGAAGUAUCCGGGUUUGGUUAUUAAAUAAACAAUACAAGAUUGUUAAUUUACAAUUGAAUGUUUUAUCAAGUAAAAUGGAAAUGAAAAUUAUAUUUUUUGGUGUUUUGUAUUGCAUUGGCUGGAACAAUGCUAUUAAAUCUACUAAAUUAUUGAUUGGAUUAGGAGAACCGAAUUCUCCAGAGGAAAUAUCUAGAUCUGUUCCAUACACAAACAGAUGGUUUAUACAAAAACUAGAUCAUUUCAAUCCUACUGAUAAAAGGACGUGGAAACAGAAAUAUCAAGUUAACUCUCAAUAUCAUAAAGAAGAUGGGCCGAUAUUUUUAAUGAUUGGAGGAGAAAAUGCUAUAUCAUCGUUAUGGAUGACUACGGGAGCAUGGAUAGAUUAUGCAAAAGAAUUUAAUGCUUUAUGUUUUCAAUUGGAGCAUCGAUACUAUGGGAAAAGUCGUCCUACAGAUGAUCUCAGUUCUGAAAGUCUAGUGCACUUAAGCAGUGAACAAGCUUUAGCUGAUUUAGCUCAAUUUAUUAUUGAUUCUAAAACAAAAUUCAAUAUUUCAUCUACAGCAAAAUGGGUAGUAUUUGGAGGAUCAUACGCAGGAUCGUUAGCUGCAUGGUCAAGAAUGAAGUUUCCUCAUCUUAUACAUGCAGCUGUUUCUUCUAGUGGUCCUCUUUUAGCAAAGGCAGAUUUUAAUGAAUAUUACAAAAUAGUGGAAAAUAUAUUGAAUACUUAUAAUCCAGAUUGUGCAGUACAAAUCAAACUAGCUACUAAAAUGCUAAAUGAUCUCAUUAAAAGUGAUCAAGGGAAUGUAAAUAAUAAUAUAAAUAAUUUCAAAUUGUGUGAUCCUUUGGAAGUAAACAAUAAAAUCGAUUUGUGGAGUUUGUUUGCCAAUUUAGCUAGCAAUUUCGCUGAUAUAAUCCAAUACUACAGAUCUAACAGACUAGGAGCUACAUCUACAAACAAGCCAACUUUAGAUUCUUUAUGUGAUAUCAUGACAAAUAAAUUAAUUUUGUCACCGUUGGAUAGAUACGCUUUGGUAAACGAAAAAAUAUUAAAUUUUAACUCGCAGAAUUGCACUGAUUACACUUUCAAUAACCUUGUUAAAACUUACAAAAAUGUAUCUUGGAAAAGUGAUGCAGCUACAGGAAGUAGACAAUGGACCUAUCAAAUGUGCACAGAAUUUGGUUUUUUCCAAACAUCUUCUCAAGAAGAAUCAAUUUUUGGGAAAUUUCCAUUAGAUUUAUUUAUUAAACUAUGCUCAAGUGUUUAUGGGGAAUCUUAUGAUAUUGAUUUAUUAACAAGAGGAAUCAAUAGAAGCAAUAUGAUGUAUGGACAACUUGAUAUAAAAGAAAGCAGAGUUAUUUAUGUACAAGGAACAGUGGAUCCAUGGCAUGCAUUAGGCAUGACGCAUACUAAAAUUAUCAAUACUGUGGCUAUUUACAUUAACGGAACUGCUCACUGUGCUGAUAUGUAUCCACCAUCUCCAUCAGAUCCUCCACAACUUAAUCGAGUUCGCACCCUCAUUAGAGCUUAUUUGCAGGAGUGGUUAGCUGUUUCUGACUUAGUUGAACCAUUUAGUUUAGAUAAUAUAAACGUUCAGUGAACUUAGAAUAUUUUAUAAAAAAAAAUAAAGUAAUCAUCAAAUAA